AUGUAUAAGAACAGGCGGCAAGAGGGGGUCAGCUAUGAGGUGCGGAGGUACGAUGGUGCAAAGUAUGCCUCAGUGAGCUCAGAGGGGCGGACCUUUGACCAGGUGACGGGGGAGCUAGUGAGGAAGCUGCUCGUGUACAUUGGGGGAAGCAACGACCAAGGGGAGGCAAUGGGGACGACAGCACCGGUUAUCAUCACAGUAUAUCCCAGGGACGAUGGUGUGAUGUCACGCCGUUUGGUGGUUAGCCUCAGGAUUCCCACCAACUACCAAGUCAGUCCCCCUGUGCCCAUCGACAGUGCCAUCAGAAUCGAGGAUCGACCCGGCAUGACUGUCUACUCACUGCAGUUUGGAGGCUUCGCAGGGGAGACUGAGUACCGAGCAGAGGCCUCUCGCCUAACCAAAACUCUUGGUGAGACUGCCCCCUUUCAGCGGAAACAGUACUUCUGCUGCACCUACGACCCGCCCAUGAAACCCUACGGCCGACGCAACGAGGUGUGGUUCCUACAGGAGGAGCCAUAAGGGAAGCAUUAACACUGACUCUUAAUAAUAAACUAUAGUCACUUCCUCUCCUUCAUCUUCACUGAUCACUCCACAUCUUGAUCUUCAUCCCAAAAAAAUAGGAUAUGUGAAAAUAAUAUGGCAACAACAGGGGAUUUGUUUUCAAAUCAGUGCAAAUGAAGGAGAGGUGAUGCAAAGAAGAGUAUUAGACUAUUGAAAGGUCAUAAAGGGGAAGGAUGGGCAGCGGGCUACAUAGUUACUGGUCCAAAGUAGUGCAAUAGUACGGUACCAUUAUCAGUAACUGGAUAUUAAGUGGCCUAGGGGUAGGAGAAGAUAACCACAAAGUACCGCUGUGUGUUAUAGGUGGUACAUCAUUAACUCAAGUUCUUAUUUUGUACACCCAGGGGUUGACACUCCCCUUAAAACAUGCUUCAUAGUGCUUGGAAGAAAAGCACGUUAAAUCAGGCUGUACACAUAUAUGCUUCACUUCACACACCAUAAAAACAAAAUGACAGUUAAGUAUUCAAUAAGUAAUUAAAUUAAGUUCUAAAAAGCACAAUUCCUUUUCCCAAGGGAGGGAAUUGGAAAUAAACUAGGAAUUGAGCCAUAGAGUAGUGAUAGUCAAAUGUUUUCCUUAGUAUGAAUUAGUUGGUGGGGAGGAUAUGAAGGAGAAAUGUAUUAGUCAUUCCUUAAGUGUUAUCAUUUGAGAUGUCUAAUCCUUCUGUGAUGACAUGAAAACUUUUCAAGACAGCAGUUGUGUGUAGUGAAUGUUUUGGUGUGCUUGUAUUUGGAGUCUUUGAAUUGUAAUGUUACUUAUUAUGAUUCUUGAAACUGUAUUUUGAAAUACCUCU